AAGGCAGCGGCGUUGUCACAUGACCAGCGCACAGCUGAGGGAUGCUGAGGUAGGCUUGCCCGUUUGCUAGCCUGUUAGCAACGUUAGCCGUGUCUGGUAAUCCUGGCAAGAAGCAGCCAUUUCUUCCCCACCGUUCCACACAGAAUCACCCCGGGGAGGAGAUACUCUACACGCCAUGGAGAGGACUGAGCGCAUGCGGUCGUCGUUCGUAUCCCCUCGUAUCGUCAGCUGUUGGUUAGAUGUCAAUGUCAUAGUUUGUAGCUAGGGCUGCCAGGUUAGCUCAGCUAGCCCGUGUCUGGUUAACGCAGGGCCAAGGCCAAGGCCAGAGCGAGAAAAGGGAGGCCGUCGGGGGCGUUGCUCUGUAGGUGGACAGAGUAGGAGAGGUGUAGGCCAUCAGGUUGUGGAUCGGACCUCCAUCUGAAGUCGCCUCCGCCAUCAUCUUAGUCACUGUCGGCCUCAGCUGAGCCAUGUCUUCAUCGGGCUGCUGCCACCUACCUGGCUCCCUCUGUGAUUACUCCGGGAACGCCGAAUCCGAUGCCUCCAAGGAUUCGGAGGAGUCCGACUCUACCGCGCAGGCCCAGUAUAUUGCCAAGGUUACGGCUAAAGAUGGCCGCCCACUCUCCACCGUUGUCAAAGCGGUGAGCUUGCAGAGCGAUGUGGGCAUGUGUCGGAUCUGUCAUGAGGGAGCCGGAGGGGAGACGCUGCUCUCCCCCUGCGACUGCACUGGUACGCUGGGGAAAGUGCACAAGAGCUGCUUGGAGAAGUGGCUGUCCUCCUCCAACACCAGCUACUGUGAACUGUGUCACACAGAAUUCACUAUUGAACGACGACCACAACCACUCACACAGUGGCUGAAGGACCCCGGCCCUCGCAGUGAGAAGCGCACGCUGCUGUGCGACAUGGCCUGUUUCCUUCUCAUCACGCCCCUGGCGGCCAUCUCCGGCUGGCUGUGUCUGAGAGGCGCCCAGGACCACCUGCAGCUGAAGAGCCGACUCGAAGCCGUCGGCCUCAUCGCCCUCACCAUCGCCCUCUUCACCAUCUACAUCCUCUGGACACUGGUGUCAUUUCGGUAUCACUGUCAGUUGUACUCGGAGUGGAGGAGGACCAAUCAGAAAGUGCGCCUGCUCAUGCCCGACAUGAAAGGGGCGCACACCACCCAGCGUUCUGUGCCGACCAAGUCGACCAAGAAAAUGACUGAUGAGACCAUCGUAUGAGUGCAGAGUGGUGCCAAGAGGAAUAUUUAAAAUAAAGCCUACUGAAGCACUCUCUGGGGAAAAAAACAACAAAAAAAACAAACAAGAUUAAUCAUAUUAAUGAACUUUUGCACUUCAUAUGGACCAUUCUGAGAGGAGAGAGCUACUUUCUCCCUCUGUUUUCUUUUAUCGAAGCACUUGAUGUAAACUACUACGGUGUUGGCCAACCACAGAAAGUGGUUUUGGGAAGAACUCAUUCCGGAGUCCUAGUUGAUGUCGAAACACAAAGUUGUCACUGGACAGACAGACAGGCGGUGCUGGGAUGUGAACGACAUGGACACAUGGACGAUGGACGAACCAGCCCAACUGUGUGUCGGUGACACAAACUUAUGAAAUACUAAGACACAAGCUAAUGUAGCAGGAUAUAAGUGAUUCAGCAUGCUACUACAGUAUAAUAUAAAACAUAUUCACUACCUAUAAUUCCCUCAUGCCCCUUCACAAUGUAUUUAGCUGUUUUUGAGCAAUGGGCAGCCAGUAGCCCGGCAGAGGAGAAUAAUCUAAAAACCAUGAUUGACAAAGUCUGUGAGUUUUCAUUCUCGACCGGUUUAAAGGUGACGGUCGCUCGUGCCAACGGUCUUGUCUAUAACCUGAAUCUGAAGUUUCUUGGUAAAGCUUUAUCAUUGCUGUCUGAACAGUGGAAAAUCAAAUCCUUUGACCGUUUAGACGACAGCUAAGGCAUCACGUAUUUAUCACACUCGUCACGGGGUCAGUGAAGACUGUAUUAUAUGAGAUAACACUACCUGCAGCCGUGAGACGGCAGUGCAGGAAACGUAAGGGAAAUAGUAUUUAAGGUGUGGAAAAGUGUUUACAUUCUAAUUGGAUGACGUCUCUACUAUUGUCAUUAAAAAAAAAAAAAAGUGCAUUAGCUCCACUUGUAAAUGCACCAUUCAUUAAUUGAGCUACCUAGUAACGACCAGUAGUUAACGCCCCACAUCACAAGAGAUGCAGUUUUAACUAGAGGAGAAACCAGAAGUGUUCUGAGAUUACAGACGUUCGUCCUACGUGACAAACACAGAGACGUAUCAGAGCAGGCUGGUACUCUGUAAAGGUGCAAAAAGAGAAACGUGUUCUGAGAUGUCAAUCAAUGUAUGCAGCAUACGCUCAACAAAAGUAUUUUGUGUUAUUGUAGUCUUCCUGCUGCAUCCCCCUGGAAAGUUGGGUUAUUGUGCAAUAAAACACGAGGGACUCCUGUACUAAAUCAA